GAAACUUCAAAAUCAGCUGGAAGUCAGUCAUCACUUCCUUUUUGUUCCGAUCAAGAUCUCAAAAGUACAUUACUGCAACAGGUGAAACAAGAAAUAUGGCGUGGCGUUUCAAGAUCUCAAAGUAUAAGAAUGCUGGUGCAAAAUUUCCAAAAAGAGAGGAAUGGAUACCAGAAUUAUCAGUUGGGAACUUGAUGCAUUCCUGUGGCAACCAUAUAAAAGCAAGCGGUGCCUUCAUGGCUUUCAACAUUAUAAAUACAGGUGGAGGCAGCCUCGGUAUACUUCCUGUAAGUACAUCAGGACGACUGUCGAAUGGUUUGCCGCAACUUCCAGCGCAUGGUGAUUACGUAACAGAUUUUGAGUUCUCUCCCUUUGAUGACCAUCUGUUAGCAACAGGAUCUAGCGAUACCAAUAUUAAGGUAUGGGUGUUACCUACACAAGAAGAUAUUAACUCAGGUGCCUUAUCCAGUCUUAAUGCCUCAGCAUCAUUUGCUAACGAAAGGCGAGUGGAAAAUGUGACAUGGAACCCAGUAGCUGAUGGAGUGCUUGCUGCGUCUGUUUUUGAUACAAUCAAAGUGUAUGACGUGGAAAGGGGAGAUAACAAAUACACUCUCGGUUGCCAUGGUGACCAGAUACAGAGUGUGAGUUGGAGGGGAAGUGGUACAACCCUUGUUACCUCAUGUAAGGACAAGAACAUCAGAGUGCUGGACCCACGCUCCGGAGGAAUGGUCCUGGAAGGUAGAGGCCAUGGAGGGGUGAAGGACACGCGGGCAUUAUGGCUGGGAGACAAAGACUUUAUCGUGUCCACAGGUUUCAGCAGUGAUCGAAGUCAAGAAAUUCGCCUUUGGGACAGUCGAAGUUUUAGAUCCUGCCUACAUUCCAUAGAUAUUGGAAAUUCUACAGGGACUGUGAUGCCUUUUUAUGAUAGUGAUACCAGUAUGCUGUUUUUCAUUGGAAAGGGUGAAAAUCAGAUAAAGUAUUGUGAGCUUACAGAUAAAAGUCCAUUUAUCAAUGAGAAUUUCAUCGAUAGAACAGAACAAAUUAAAGGUGCUGCCAUGGUUCCUAAACGCCUGGUGAAUGUGAUGGAGGGAGAAGUGAACCGUCUCCUUAUCCUUACCAGCUCCGCCAUUAUACCCACGCCUUACAUAGUUCCAAGAAAGUCUUACAGAGAUUACCAUGAAGACCUCUAUCCCGACACCUUCUCAGGGGAGCCUACUCUAUCUUCUUCAUCAUGGCUCAGUGGACAGAAUGGUCAGGUGAAGUUGAUGACCUUGAAUCCGUCUCGAAGGUCAGAACCAGUUUCUAGUCCAGGUCAUAUAUUCCAAGCAAAUGCUGUCGUCAAUGGUAGCAUCAGCAGGGAGUCAACCCCAGCCCAAAAGCCUGUGAUUAAUAAACCCAAGCCUGUGUCUACAUCACCUCCGUCCGUCACCACAGUGUCGUCUGCUCAGACCACAAACAUUCCCGACGAACCAGAAGAUUUAGUAGAUAGCCAAUCAGUGGAGAGCACUACAUUGACACAUAACCAAACAGACGAAGAGAAGGAGGAGAUACAACAUUCUUCUGUGGUGGAGAUCCCUCCUGUAUCUACUCCGUCAGCUUCUUCAGGCAGCAGACCCAUGUCUGUAGCUCAUAUCAAAACACCAGUCAAGGUAUUCUCAACCGGGCGUUUGUCAAAGUUCAAGUUCCUGAAGGGUCGCACAGAACACAAAGAUAAACACAUCGUUAACAUAAGGAAGCUGUCCACAACAGUACCGGGGGAGAGUGACAUGUUUGCUGCCAACAGGACCAGGUGUGUUGUACCAGUAGAGGGCGCUGGCGGCCUGCUACAAGUCCUUGAGUUUGCCAGGCCUGGUCGCCUCCAAGACACAGGCUUACCAGUUCUGCAACACAAGAGUAAGGUCCUGGACUAUGUGUGGGAUCCGUAUGAUGAUAGCCGACUUGUAGUGGCAUGUGAUGAUGCAAAGAUUUGGGUGUGGAAUAUCCCAGAAGGGGGUCUUACCGAGACCUUGACCGAGGCCUCUCUGUAUCUACAGGGUCACAUGGAGAAGAUCUACUUUGUGCGGUUCCAUCCAUUAGCUAAGGACAUCAUAGUGUCAUCGGCCUAUGACAUGUCUGUCAGGAUCUGGGACCUGUCAUCAGGGACCGAGGUCCUACAGCUUCAGGACCACCCAGACCAGGUGUUUAACGCUGCCUGGAGUCCCGACGGUAAAUAUCUCUCAACUGUGUGUAAAGAUGGGAAACUAAGAAUAUUCAACCCUAGGAAAUACCAAACCCCACUCAUGGAGGGUCAAGGUCCUGCGGGAGCCCGAGGGGCCAGGUUAACAUGGGUACUAGAUGGUCAAUAUCUUCUAGUCACUGGUUUCUCUGAUAUGAAUGAGAGGAUUAUAUCGUUGUACGACACUGCCGAUCUGGCCACACCCCUACAGAUAAUGGAGGUGAAUGCUGCCCCACCUGUACUGGUGCCUUAUUAUGACGAGGAUAGUCACACAGUGUUCCUAUCUAGUCGGGGUGAGAACCAGUUGUAUGCAUACGAAGUGUCAGACGAGGAGCCUUAUAUCACCCAACUGUCUAAUUUCGCUGGGGAAGGCUUACAUCAAGCCUUUUCCUUCCUUCCAAAAAUCACCUGUAACCCAAAGGAAGUGGAAUUUGCGCGGGCAUGGCGACUGACUUCUACCUCACUGGAACCAAUCUCCUUCACUGUCCCCAGGGUCAAGAUGGAGUAUUUCCAGGAUGACCUGUUCCCGGACACCCGUGUGACGUGGGAACCCACCAUGACCAGUGAUGAAUGGCUGUCAGGACUCAACAACCAUGCUAGAACCAUCAGCUUACAGCCCCGGGGGAUGAAAAAAUUGAGUGAAGCCCCUGUGGAGGCCCCCAAAGCCAGCAAAUAUGACAGUUACAAUCCCGACACCUACAAAACAGAUGAACAGAAGAAAGAGGAGUUACUCAGUGCGAUGACAAACAAGCUGUCAGUACAAGGAGACCCCUUACCCCAGGACCUGGCAGAGGGCGUCGACUCGGACGAAUGGGAAGAUGAAUGAUGACUGAGUGCCCGGCGUGAAGGGGUUAGAAUGUUGCUUUGUUUUCACAUCAGACACAAGUAUUACUAUACAAAAGAGUCGCCAAAGGGAGGAAAUCCAUUUAUUUGCGUAAAGCAUUUGUUUCUGAAUUUGUGGAAAACAGAUGUAUGGUGGACGAGGAAAUUCCAAACCAGGGGAUACAAACGGGCAUCAAAUCUGAGAUUCUGCCAAGUGAUUUCUCCCCUACUAUUUCAUUGAUCAUUUCAGAUGUGAAAAGUAUGAUAGUAUUUCAUGGUCAAUUAACAAAUCUUGUCACGAUUCUAAGGAAAUAGAAACUGAAUAGUGAAGUCACUUAAAUACAGCAACCAAAGAAGAUAGCUCAAGAAGUUGGAUAGAUUGUAUUACGCAUAUAGGCAAUCUCAAAACUGCAGGGACCAACAAAUAUAUUAUUUUAAGAUAACUUCAUGUUCUAAAUAACAAAUGUUUACCUGCAAUAAAUUAUUGGGAGUAAGACAGAACAGAGGGGCAAGGCUUUAGUGUUAAGAUGGGGAAGAUGUUACGGGGGACAUGGAUGUUAUUAAUGAUAAAGUGUGGUUGAGUGUGGGUAUUUGGGAGGGAAAAGGAAAAAGGUAUGUUGUUUUGCACACAUCUUGCCUCCUUAAUUAGGAGAGGAAUUAACUGCAAAAUAAUAAAAUUAGUUAAUCACCUUUUGCACAUUUGUAUAUUUUGAGUUAAAAAGGGACUUAGAUAACUUUCUAAUUACUGGUAAGGAUGUUAACCCUAGUUAUGUUUAUACCAACUAAAGUCAGUCACAUGCUGAAACUGACUAAAAUUGGUCUGUGAGGAUAGGCCCAUCACAGGUAAAACACUAGAGAAGUGCCAGGUGGGAUGAACAAAAUACUCCAAAUAAAUGGAAAACCAGUUCUAAUGUUGGUAGUGUUAUUGAUUAACACAAUCAAACCUGUCUGUUCAAACUGCCCUGCAGAAAAGGUGAGAACAGCUGUAGCUGUAUAAAACCACCGUGAGGCGUUAUUCUCAUGAUGGUAGGUGGUCUUUAUAUACUGGUGGUCUUUAUAGGCGGGAGAUCUUAUAGCUAAAUUUCACGCAGUUUGAAAACAUUGUUACUUAUAUUUUAUUGUUGAGAACUUUUUGUUACAAUAUACAUGUACAUGCAUUAUUUAUAAACAUUUCAUAUUGUUCAAUGUUUUUCUGUUUGUCAUUUACGGAUAAUGUGAUACUUAUAACCUUUUGUGUAUACAGAUGGAAGGUAUGUAAAACAGGAAAGGUCGCUAACAUUUAUCAGGUAUAUUGUACAUUAAUUGAAUUAAUUUAAUUAAUGCGGUAACUUAAUCACGACUUCAGAUAUCCUGUGAUGACUGUUUCAGAUGCAUUAAAACGAAGAAAAAUGUCAUCACCAUUGCUUUUGUAAAACAAUUCCACACGAAUAAUCCAUCUGAAGCAUGAUCGCAGACAUCAUUUUUUCGUGAAAAGUUUAUUAUUUUCUAUCAAGCCUGACCUUUACUGUGGGCUUAAUACACAGUUCAAGUGCAAUUCCAUAUGAACCAGGUAUCGGAUAAUUACCUGAGCAGAACUUUUAGUACACAGUUUUUCCUUAACAUUAGAUCAGGUCCAUCUGUACAUUUCUAGCUUUAAACAGAUUUUUAGCUCACCUGCCCGAAGUUUGUAAUUGAAUUAUUUGUAGUACAUGUAAAUAUAAUGUUUAAUGAGAAUAAUUUUCUAUGACUGUUUAAUAUCUAGAUGAGCGAUACAGGCCCUCUGGGCCUCUUGUUUUAUCUUGUUCGUGAUUUUACCCCAAAGUGCCUUUUGAGUUUCCUUCCAGUGUGAAUUUUGUGGAUCAGUUUCGAAGAAUUAUAUAUAACUGUUUGUAAACUAAGCUAAGAAAGAUAAAUGUUAGUUUUUUAAAGUGGAACAGAUUUUAAAUAUCUGUUAAAUGAACUUCCUAAAGCUUCAUGGAACAAAAUACAUUUAAACCAAUCAAGUUCUAGUUUGAUGUAUUCAAUUUUGUAAAUGUCUAUUUUUACCGUCUUGUUUGGCUUCUAAUGACUCACAAUGUUGACAGGCAAUAAUACAAAAACAAAACGCAUUAAAACUCUCAUGUGUUUGCCAUUUUCAUGAAAUAGAAAUCAAAGAAAUUCACACAAAUCUGAUCUACAUAAGAAAUGAAAUGGUGCAUUUGAAUUGACCAAAAAAUACAUGUCCAUGUUGAUAUAAAGGAAUAAGGGACAGUUAUACCGGUAGUUUUGAAACAAGCAUUUAAAUAAUAAUCCGGGACCAAACCCUUCAAUGAACAAAAUUUGUGUUCCAUAUAAAACUAAUACUCCUUUUGUUUGCUUUAGUUUUCUUUUUACUGUGUUACAAACCAAGGGAUAUUUGUUUUGAUGACAUGAACCAAAGUCUGUGCAAUCAAUUGUUGUUUGUCUGGCAUAUUGCUGCAUGGUUUAAUUAAAUGUUUAUUUCUAUUGCAAGUGAGGUUUUUGAACAAAUGUACUUUGUAUGUAUUUUAUUAUUAUAAUUUUCAAUUAAAAUAUUAUUGUCUAUAAGAGUUGCUGGUAUUGAUAGGCGUCACUCAAGUGCCGUAGAACAUGAGUUCAAACUCUGGACAGGGCAGAAGUGAAAAAAUAGUCUUCCUCAGUAAUUUGUGUUUCUUUGUUGCGUAUCAAAUUAACAAAGUGAAUAGACUGAUGUUGAUUUGAUACCAGCUACGCGUUAUAAUAAAAUUGCGCUGUAUUUAUAUAAAUAUCAGCAUGUGUAACAUUGCUUAUGCUUUUUGUGUACGUUGUAUUUAUAUUAUACCAAAACAGAGCACAUGGACUCUUAGAAAUAUACAUCUGUCUUACGUACAAACUAAAUUCUACCCUAUUUUUGUUAUCUUUUUGUAUAUGUGGACUUUGUUAUGUACUUGUCUCGUGUAUUUGUGACUAACACUGACAGUUGUAUUGAGCUUCUGUUCCUUUAAUGAUACACGAAAGGGAAUGUUCAAUUUAAAAACAAAUAAAUAUAUAUAUAUUCACAGAAAUCCAAGUAUUCCAGGUAUCAUCUGAAGGCGAAUCCCAUGCCCUGCACAUUGUUGUUCUUAGUUUUACUUGUCAAGAAAAUAAAACCGACAUGAAUUUGACCUGUAUCAUUAAACUUGGGAAGCCCAGUACAACUUAGUCCUGUUAAGUUGAUGUUAAUGAAAUAAUAAACACAAGACAAGCGUGAUAUUUAUUUUAAAUGUAUUAAAAUACCUGAACAGAGA